AUGGAGAUGGAGCCCGUGACGGUGACAAGGACUUUCGAGGUCCUUGGAUGGGUGAAUUUCGGUGAGAUUCGGUCAAUUCGGACCGAAUCCGAGAACCCUGGAUCGAACAACCUCCACUACGCGGAGCCCAUCAGCCGCCGGUCCGCGACCUUCGCCGCCGCCGGCUACACCUGGUCCAUCCAGUACUACCACUAUAGCGCCUACGCCACCGGCAGCGUGGACCUCUGCCUGCAGCUCGAGACCAGGGGCGUCGCGGCGGUCACGGCGUCCAUCAGCUUCAGCCUCCUCGACCCGACGGCCGCCAUGCCGCCGUGGAAGCUGACCAAGCAGGCAACGCCGGUGGAGUUUAGCUCCACCCGCAGCGAGGACUACACCAAGAUGACCCAGUGGGUGCCCAAGAGCAAGCUGAACGCGCCUCCGGGGACAGGCUACCUCACGCUAGGUGCCCUCCUGUUCCAAUGCACCAUCACCGUCUUUGCAAAGGCUCCGGCUCCGGCGGCGGCCGCCGAGAUGCCCAUGGCCUCCGACCAGAUGGACAAUCUCGUCAAGAUCUACGCGACCAAGGAUGGAUCCGAUGUCACCUACUCCGUUGAGGGGGAGCUUUUCCGUGCCCACAAGAUCAUACUCGCCAUGCGGUCACCGGUCUUCUACGCCGAGCUCUACGGAGGGAUGAUGGAUAGCAAAGCACAGCUCAUCCAAAUCCAGGACAUGAAGCACGAUGUUUUCGAGGCCCUUCUGCGCUACAUGUACACCGACUCUUUGCCUACCACCAGAGAUGACGACGAUGGAGAUGCAGGUGAAAUGCUCUGCGGCCUGCUCAUGGCUGCAGACCGGUAUGGCGUAGAUAGGCUAAGGCUCUUGUGCGAGCACAGACUCUGCAAGGUGCUCAAUGCGGGUAACGUGGCGGAUUUGCUGGCCUUCGCCGAUGAUCAGCACUGCAGCACCCUCAAAGAUGCUUGUAUCGAGUUUAUGGUGGAUUCGGAAAAGUUGAAGGAAGUGGUGGCAAGUGAAGGCUACAAGCAGCUUCGCAGCAAGCGCCCUUUGAUUUUGGUGGAGGUGCUGGAGAAGUCAAGUAAGUUUCGCAAAGUGUAG